AUGAGUCUAGUUUUGUGGAACUGCCGAGGCCUGGGAAAAGCCUCAGCAGUGCGAGAUUUGAAAUGCCUCAUUAGAAAAUCUUCCUCGCUUGGUUUAUUUCUUAUGGAAACCAAGUCGGACAAAAUGAAGAUGACGAAAGUUGCUCGAGGUUCGUCGUUUGACAAUUUGGAAGUGGUUGAAGCUACUAGAAGGGCAGGUGGUUUAGCCCUAUUUUGGAGUUCUGUAUUGAAUUGGAAAGUAGUUCAUAAAUCAAGAUGGAUCAUUGGUAUUCUAUAUGUCACGCCCACUAGGGUUGUGUGCAAUUGCUGGUUUUGUCAUUGUCCAGCUGAAAGAGCUUUGAGGAAGUUAUUUUGGACCAAAUUAUCUGUGGCGAUUCGAUCUGAAAGUGAGACUUGGUGCUGUGUGGGAGAUUUUAACGAUGUGGUUAGUCAAGAUGAAAAGAUGGGAGCAAGGUGGGUGACAAGCAAGGCAAACUUCUUUCUCCGAGCUUUUAUUACCGAUGUAGGAGCUUUGGAUCUAGGCUACAGUGGCCCUACUUUUACAUGGUGCAACGGGAGAGAAGGGAUUGAUAAUUUUAGUGAGCGACUUAACCGGGUUCUGGCGAGCCCAGAAUAG